AUGGCCAGUUCGGCUUCCCUGGAGACCAUGGUGCCCCCGGCCUGCCCGCGCGCUGGAGCGUCGCCGGCCACUUCCAAGACGCUGGCCUUCUCCAUCGAGCGCAUCAUGGCCAAGACGUCGGAGCCCCGUGCGCCCUUUGAGCCCCGGCCGGGGACGCUGGAGGCAGACGGCGGCCAGGGCAAGAAAUUGCUCAACCUUUGCUCGCCGCUGCCCUGUAUGAUCCCCCUCCAGCCCCUAGGCUACGAGGUGCCGUCCAAGACGCUGCUCAGUUACUCCGAGCUCUGGAAAAGCAGCCUCCGGGCGGGCGGCGGUGGAGGAGGAGGAGGAGGAGGCGGCGGCGGCGGCGGCGGCGGCGGCGGCGGCGGGGGGGCCCCGGUGUGCGGCGCCAGCGGCUUGUGCAAAACCAACUGUGGCGUGUGCUGCAAGGCCGAUCUGGGCCUGGCGCCGUCUGCGCUGCCGGCGGGCAGGGUCAUCAAGCCGCAGGUCAUCAACCAGGCGGUGGGGCUGCCGGCCAGCGGCUCGCUCUACUAUUUCAACUACCUGGACUCUGCCGCGUACCCGCCGUCUGAGCUCCUCGGAGGCCACCUCUUCCCGUCCGGCCUCCUCAACGCACAGGCCCCCGCCGCCCUGGCCGCGCACCCCAAACUCUUUUUGCUGGAGAACGCCAAGUUGGCCGGCCUGGCCGCGGACAAGUUCCCCCAUCCGGCCCCCUAUGCCCAUAAAGAGCGCUUGCCCGCGCCGCUGGAGCAAGUGCUGAAGGAGAACUCGGCCCUGACCGCCGAACGCGGCGGCGUCAAGGGCCACGGCAAGCUGCCCGGGGGCUCUGCGGACGGCAAGCCCAAAAACUUCACCUGCGAGGUGUGCGGCAAGGUGUUUAAUGCUCACUAUAACCUCACCCGCCACAUGCCGGUCCACACCGGAGCCAGACCGUUCGUGUGCAAAGUCUGCGGCAAAGGCUUCCGCCAGGCCAGCACGCUCUGCAGACACAAAAUUAUCCACACCCAGGAAAAGCCGCAUAAAUGCAACCAGUGCGGCAAAGCCUUCAACCGCAGUUCCACGCUCAACACGCACAUCCGCAUCCACGCGGGCUACAAGCCCUUCGUCUGCGAGUUUUGCGGCAAAGGCUUUCACCAAAAAGGGAACUACAAGAAUCACAAGCUGACCCACAGCGGCGAGAAGCAGUACAAAUGCACCAUCUGCAACAAGGCCUUCCACCAGGUCUACAACCUGACCUUCCACAUGCACACCCACAACGACAAGAAGCCUUUCACGUGCGCCACUUGCGGCAAAGGGUUUUGCAGAAACUUUGACUUAAAGAAACACGUGCGCAAACUCCACGAUAGCGUGGGGCCUGCCGCCCCCUCCACAAAGGACCUGACUCGGACAGUGCAGAGCUGAGAGCUACUGCCUCGCCCUCCCUUCCGGCCCCAUCCAGCCCCCAAACAGAUCACACGUAUAAACUUAUUUCUAAAAUUAAAAGAAAAUAAAAACUAUAGCAGAGAGGCUAAAAUCUAUUUAUCGAAACCAGCAUAUUUUUUGGAAAGCUAAACGUUUCCUCGAUGACUGGCAGCAAAC